CACACAGUGUUUCUACAUAUAGCCGGCUCAGCUUGAUAGAAUUGCAGAAGGGAAGGCUGUGAAAAAUGCCGGGAAUAAAGGGACCUUCUGAUUAUUCACAACCGCCACGCCAUCCUUGUCUUCAAAUCAACUCCAAGGAGCCCUUCAACGCUGAGCCGCCGCGUUCUGCUUUAGUUUCCUCUUAUGUGACUCCGGUGGAUUUGUUCUACAAGAGAAAUCAUGGACCAAUCCCAGUAGUUGAUGACAUAGAGAGAUAUUGUACCGAUAUAACUGGCUUAAUUCAAACUCCAAAAAAGCUGUAUAUGAGAGAUAUCAGGAUGCUGCCGAAAUACAACGUGACUGCCAUUUUACGGUGUGCAGGUAAUAGGAGGACUGCCAUGAGCAAAACCCAAAAAGUGAGUGGAGUUGGCUGGGAUGUUUCUGCUAUAGGGAAUGCUGUCUGGGGUGGUGCCAAACUGGCUGAUGUACUUGAGCUUGUCGGGAUACCAAAGUUGACAAAUAGCACCAAGUCCGGUGGAAAACACGUCGAAUUUGUGAGCGUUGAUAAGUGUAGGGUAGAGGAGAAUGGAGGCCCAUACAAGGCAUCAAUUCCACUUAGUCAAGCCACUAACCCUGAAGCAGAUGUUUUACUUGCUUACGAGAUGAAUGGAGAGCCUCUCAACAGGGAUCACGGUUACCCGUUGAGAGUAAUUGUUCCCGGUGUUAUAGGUGCACGUUCUGUCAAGUGGCUCGAUUCUAUCAACAUAAUAGCAGAAGAAUGCCAGAGCUUCUUCGUGCAAAAGGAUUACAAGAUGUUUCCACCAUCCGUGGAUUGGGAUAUCAUCUAUUGGUCUACCAGGCGGCCACAAAUGGAUUUCCCGAUUCAGUCUGUGAUUUGUUCUUUAGAAGAAGUGCAGUCGAUUAAACCUGGAAAGAAACAAUUAGUGGAUAUGCAGCGUCUGGAGGGGGCCGAGGAAUCGAGAGAGUAGAUGUGUCUAUUGAUGGUGGCAAAACCUGGUUAGAAGCCUCAAGAUUUCAUAAAAUCAGGAUCCCUUACAGAUCAGAUCACGAAAGUAGUGACAAAUGGGCAUGGGUGUUUUUUGAGAUCACAGUUGAUAUCC